UUUUCUGUUACUAAAAACUUACACCUGACAAGGAAUUAAAUUCCGUCUUCAUUACUUUGGCAACCCUUCGCGUAACCUUUUAGAAUUUCACUCUCCGCUGCAACUGUCCUGCGAUGAACUGUAAAUAUAUUAAUUAAAUUUAAACGCGAGUGACUUUCAAAACAAAUCAUCGAAUUCAAAGACUCAUAAGCUAGAGGAUUAGGAUGGGUAACAACGCUAGCUUCAACGUCCAGAUGGAGGCGCCGAAAGGUGUGCCCGCUGAUCAUGCCAAGCACGUGUCCGCUGGUGGCUCACCGCCACCAGAGUGCCCCAUGCACCAGAAGCAGGGUGGCGAUAACAAAUCUGCCUCGGCAGUGCCCCCACAUCCCAAAAUGCAGCAGCAGGCUUCUGAGUGCCCCGUGCAGCACGACAAUAGCGAUGUGAAUCCACUCAAUAUGAUGCCGCCGGCUAAUCAACAGCCCUCACCAGGACAGCCGUUCGCACUGCCCACCGAUCGGCAGACAUCAACGAUACCGAAGGUGACCGAGGACGGCAGCACUCAGUUCUGGCAGUAUCCUAGCCAACAGAUGUUCUGGAACGCGAUGCUGCGCAAGGGUUGGCGCUGGAAGAAGGAGGACGUGGACCAGAAGGACAUGGGCGAUAUCAUUCGCAUACACAACGCCAACAAUGAGCAGGCCUGGCAGGAGGUGCUCAAGUGGGAGGCCCUGCAUGCCAAAGAGUGCGGCAAUCCGCGCCUAAAAAGCUUUGGCGGCAAGGCCAAGGACUUCAGUCCCCGUGCCCGUUUCCGCAGCCUGUUAGGGUAUGAGCUGCCUUUCGAUCGUCAUGACUGGAUUGUGGAUCGGUGCGGCAAAGAUGUCCGCUACGUCAUUGACUACUACGACGGGGGACUUGUGGACAAGGACUAUCGCUUUGCCCUUCUGGAUGUGCGUCCUGCCAUGGACUCGGUCGACAACGUCUGGGAUCGUAUGCGCGUGACCUACAUGCGCUGGAGAUACGAACUCACUGACAAGUUUGCCAGCAAUGACAAGGAGAGCAGCAAGGCCUCCGCUAGCGACUAGAAACCGUUGCAGCAUAUUGUAUCUGUAAAAAAAUUGGACUAAGUUAUUAAAGCAAUUAGAAUUAA